AUGUACCCACCUGAUGCGGAGAAAAUCUGGGGAACAUCGGGCCAAUUCUGGAAUCAAUCGUCCGAUGACCGUCGAUCUUUUCUGGGGUUUCUGAUGGCUUCGGGGCGGGCGAAUGUGCUCGGGCAUGAUUCCUCCGAGCGACGAUAUAGUGGCAUUGAUAAGCGUCAUAAGCAUCAGAAGCACCCGCAGACUAACCACCAAAUCCAGUCCAAUGGAUUCCCUCUAGAGAAAAUCUUCUCGGAAAGUGUGCUGGCCAAGAUCCUCCGAGUGGCCGUCGAGGCAUUAAACAAUAAUGACCCUCCAACCGCCUAUCCUGAAUUCGUUCCUCAGAAAGGCCCCUCGACUGGCCGCUACAUUCUCCGCGAAUCCUCCUUCUGGACCUGCGGCUUCUUCCCAGGACUCUUGUACGUCCUCCUUGAACGAGCCAUCCGAUACCCCUCGACCUUUCCAUACCUCGGACACCCUCACAGCCUCGACCCAGCCAGCCUGCGCGACCACCUCCUCACGCUCUGCACCAAAUGGACCGCCCCCAUUUACCCCAUGUCCCUCCGAACAGACACCCACGACCUAGGCUUCAUCCUGGCCCCCUCCCUCCGCCGCUCCUGGGAACUCACCUCCAAUCCCAACAGUCUGCGCGCUCUACUAACAGGCGCCCAAAGCCUCGCCUCGCGCUUCGUCCCCUCCACUGGCGCAAUCCGCAGCUGGGAUGCCCUCCGCCAGUCGGACGUGGACAUCACUUCCCUAGAGACUGACUGCCUCGUCAUCAUCGACAGCAUGAUGAACCUCGAUCUUCUCUACUAUGCUGCUGCGCAUCUGGGUUCGGAGCUUGCGGCUAUUGCGACCGCGCACGCGAAAACACUCAUCAACUCCCAUCUCCGCCGGGAAACUAUAGCUGGAAAGGAGAAAGGGGGAUACUCCACCAUCCACGUCGUCAAUUUUGACCCCUCGACGGGUGCGAUCAAGGAGCGCCGCACCGCGCAGGGGUUCGCAGCGGACUCGACGUGGGCGCGCGGCCAGGCGUGGGCGAUUACCGGGUAUGCGCAGACGUACGCCUGGACAAGGGACAGGCAGUUCCUUGAUGUUGCUGUUGGGCUGGCAGAGUACUUCCUAGCGAGACUGGAGGGCGCGCCGCCUUGCGUGGAGAAGAGGGUGGAUGGAAAGAUGGUUGGGAGGUACGUGCCGCUGUGGGACUUUGAUGCUCCUGUCGACGAGGCGAGUCCGUUACGGGAUUCCUCUGCUGGUGUGAUUGCCGCGAAUGGGAUGUUGUUGCUCUCGCAGGCGUUGGUUGGUGAGGACGACGGGCUGGCGUGGCGGUUUAGACAGGCCGCGAUGAGGAUUGCGAGUGAGACGGUGGAGUUUUCGUAUUCGAGGGAGGAGGCGAGACUUGUGGAGGGAGGAACGGAAGUGGAGGAUGUGUCUGGGACACGGUUUGAUGCGAUUCUGCGCAAUGCGACGGCGAACCAUAAUGCGAAGGAUCUGGAUCGGUAUAGUGACCAUGGGCUUGUGUAUGCGGAUUACUAUCUGCUGGAGUUUGGGAAUCAGUUGUUGAAGCUGGGAUUGAUAUAG